UCGCAGUGCCUGCCGGGAGCCACGUCUCCGCUAGCCGAGCGCAGCGCCGGGAUUGGUGUCCGGGCGGCGAUCCAGGGGCUGCUGGGAAGAUGGCGGACUCGGCGGCCGGCCGAUGAGGAGGCCGCGGGGGGAGCCUGGCCCCCGGGCCCCGAGACCGACUGAGGGAGCGACCUGCGCAGGGCCCGGGGAGUCAUGGUCUCCAUCACCCAACUCAAUGCUUCGAGUCCUGCUCUCUGCUCAGACCUCCCCUACUCGGCUGUCUGGCUUGCUGCUGAUCCCGCCAGUACAGCCUUGCUGUCUGGGACCCAGCAAAUGGGGAGACUGGCCUCUUGGAGGAAGCCCCAGUACAGGUCAUGUGCAAGGGCUGCAGCGGCUUCUGGAACAGGCGAGGAGCCCUGGGGAGCUGCUGCGCUGGCUGGGCCAGAACCCCACCAAGGUGCGCGCCCACCACUACCCGGUGGCGCUUCGUCGUCUUGGCCAACUCUUGGGGUCUAGGCCACGGCCCCCUCCUGUGGAGCAGGCCACACUGCAGGACUUGAGUCAGCUCAUCAUCCGAAACUGCCCCUCCUUUGACGUGCACACCAUCCACGUGUGUCUGCACCUUGCAGUCUUACUUGGCUUUCCAUCUGAUGGUCCCCUGGUGCGCGCCCUGGAGCAGGAGCGAAGGCUCCGCCUCCCUCCGAAGCCACCUCCCCCUUUGUCGUCUCUUCUCCGAGGUGGGCAAAGGCUGGAAGCUGCUCUGAGCUGCCCCCGUUUUCUGCGGUAUCCACGGCAGCAUCUGAUCAGCAGCCUGGCAGAGACAAGACCAGAGGAACUGACGCCCCAUGUGAUGGUGCUCCUGGCCCAGCACCUGGCCCGGCACCGGUUACGGGAGCCCCAGCUUCUGGAAGCCAUUGCCCACUUCCUAGUGGUUCAGGAAAACCAGCUCACCAGCAAGGUGGUACAGAAGUUGGUCCUGCCCUUUGGGCGGCUGAACUACCUGCCCCUGGAACAGCAGUUUAUGCCCUGCCUUGAGAGGAUCCUGGCUCGGGAAGCAGGGGUGGCACCCCUGGCUACGGUCAACAUCUUGAUGUCACUGUGCCAACUGCGGUGCCUGCCCUUCAGAGUCCUGCACUUUGUUUUUUCCCCUGGCUUUAUCAACUACAUCAGUGGCACCCCUCAUGCUCUGAUUGUGCGUCGCUACCUCUCCCUGCUGGACACGGCCGUGGAGCUGGAGCUCCCAGGAUACCGGGGUCCCCGCCUUCCCCGAAGGCAGCAAGUGCCCAUCUUUCCCCAGCCUCUCAUCACCGACCGUGCCCGCUGCAAGUACAGUCACAAGGACAUAGUAGCUGAGGGGCUGCGCCAGCUGCUGGGGGAGGAGAAAUACCGCCAGGACCUGACCGUGCCUCCAGGCUACUGCACAGACUUCCUGCUGUGUGUCGGCAGCUCUGGUGCUGUUCUUCCCGUGAGGACCCAGGAUCCCUUCCUGCCAUACCCACCGAGGUCCUGCCCCCAGGGACAGGCUGCCUCUAGCCCCACUACCCGAGACCCUGCCCAGAGGGUGGUGCUGGUGUUGCGGGAACGCUGGCAUUUCUGCCGGGACGGCAGGGUGCUGCUGGGCUCGAGGGCCCUGAGGGAGCGGCACCUAGGCCUGAUGGGCUACCAGCUCCUGCCGCUACCCUUUGAGGAACUGGAGUCCCAGAGAGGUCUGCCCCAACUCAAGAACUACCUGAGGCAGAAGCUCCAGGCCCUGGGCCUGCGCUGGGGGCCCGAAGGGGGGUGAGGGGAUGAUGUGGGGUUCAGGAUGGCCCCCCUAUGGGGGGUGGACGAUUUGCACUUUGGUUCCCUAUGUUUUGGUUUCUAUUAAAGUUCCUUUCCUUCCC